AUGGCACUGCUUUCCCACCUUGCAGGUUCAUCUGAUCGACAGCAGUCUCCUAUCCUCUCAUCCAAUAAUCCCUUCCGGAACCGUACCACUUCACCUACAAACAGCAUCGCCCAAUCUCCCGUAACCGCCGCUUUCAAUUUACCCAACACCGCCCCUGAGCGACCUACAUCACGAAAUCCAUUUCUCGAUCAAUCAGAGAAAAAAGACGAUACAGUCGUCAAUGUCAGACCAACUUCGCCAUUGAGGGAAUCUACAAGCAUGGCGACGAGAAUGUCGCCUUCCAAGCCACUUAUGACCGGCCAUACUGCCGAGUUGUUUGUAUGUGACACUCCACCACAAGAUUGCGCAACACUGACAAAUUGCCAGGACAAUCUAAACCUCAAUGACAAACCACACACGAAUGGCAGCAGUGAGAGACCAGGAGUGCCUCCCUCAUUUUCAAAUGGCCCUCGCAUCCAACCGCGUUCGGAGAAUGUGCCACCUAGAGCUGGACUCUCCGGUCAUCAUACAUCUCGCUCAGGUGAAGAACGAUAUCGACAUGGUGCGAAGCCCAGACGGCCGAAUGAAGAGUUGGAUAUAUUUGCAGAUCCACCGACAGGCGACAAAGCUCGUCCACGUCCUUCAAGGCGAAACUCAGAUUCGUCUCUUGCUAGCAGAAUGCUGAGCCCUGAGGAAGAGCGACGCCGAAAAGAGAAACAUAGGCGUGAACGGGAAGAGCGGCAUAAAGAUGGCAGACGUGGACCUCCAAACUCGUCGAGGUCAAAGAAGCCAAAUCAACGUCUAGAUAUCAUUGACUCUCUGGAUGUGACUAGUAUCUACGGCAAAGGAUUAUUCCAUCACGACGGUCCAUUCGACGCCUGCAACCCCGCUCGUAACCGCAAAGGCAGCCGCCGUCCCGCUCCAAUGGAAGCCUUCGCCAAAGACAGCGCCAACAAUGCUUUAGGAGGCUCAGGUCCCGUUCAUAAAGACAUAAAUUUCGAUCAAUUCCAUGGCCGUACAGAACAAGGAUUUGCCGACUACGCCACCUCUGGCUCCAGCAAUCCAGCAGCCCAACCCGUGUCUUUUGCAACCUACGCUGGCGCCCACGUCACGCCUGGAGCAGGGGCCCACGCUGGUGUAGACCGAGCCAAUGGCUUCAAUCCCGUGGAGGUCAUUCCUGUCGUGCAUGGCGACGAAAGCUUGGGUCUAGGGACAAGCACAUUCCUAGAAGGCACACCUGCCGCCAAAGCAGCCAUCCAACGUCAUGAAACCGACGACCGCGGCGCUGACGGAGGUCUUGGUAGGAAGAGGAGUUUAGCUCAACGAAUCCGCGGCAUCUCCAACGCCAAGUCAAAGCCCUAUCAUGGACGGAUGACCAGUCCCGAAGGCCGACCUCACCUCACCAGCGGGGAAAGCCAGAGCGCUGGUGGCAUGCCCCGGAUCAAUGAGACAAAACCCUUCUUUGAAGGCUAUGAUGAGAGGAAAGGGCGGAGUAUCACGAUCGCGGAGGAUAGGAAUCGUAGAAGCAGUUUCGAAGGAGGCGCAGAGGAUAACAUCACCGUUGGCAGCAGGACUGGCGCUGCAGAAAAUGGGAGAUCGAGGGCUUUGAGCUCGCCUAAACGCGCUGCGCCGCCUGCACAGCUUGAGAGGAGAGUCACCGAUGCGGCGAAUGGCAAUGGGAAGGAGGAGACAAGCGGCAGCGGGAGCGGGGGGUUCUUGAGCAGGGUUAAGAGCUUGAAGGGGGGAAAGAAGGGAAAGGCUUAG